UAAAUAGAUUGGUCUUAUUCAUUAAAUUAUUGCGACGAGAGAAAAAGGAAGAUACAGUAGUCCAAAUGGGAUCCAUGUUAGGCAAAAAAGGGUCAGAGUCCACAGAUAAGGAGAAUGGAGGCGACGAGAAGAUACAGGUGAACAAGUGGGACAGUAGUGCGGUGAAGAAUGCGAUCGAUGAUUGUGCGAAGCAGGUGGCCUCAGGGAAGUUCAACUUCGAAGAGGUCUUCCAACUCAUGAACAUCCGACUCGUCAUCAGUUGUGUGGCAGUGUCAUUUGCGGCGUUGGCCCUGUUGUAUGACUUAGCGAAUCCAUUUCCGAAGAGCAAGUACGUCCUGGCCACAUGCAGUCUCUCCUACUUCUUCAUGAUGGGAAUAUUCACCCUCUUCACCCUCCUAAAGGAGAAAAACAUAGUUUACCAGGGUGAUGACAGGGAAACAGUGGUAGGCAUUCCUUGUAGACUGGAAAUGGGCAGCACUCUUAAGAAGUAUCAGAACAUAUUCCACUUCGACCUAGCACUGCACAACGGAGACGCACACGAAGAGAUUGAGUUCAGUUUUCCAGUGGAGAACUAUUUCACUGAAGACGGAGUGCUUCUGGAAGAGAAAUUUGAGAAAUUGCUGACUGAAAAUUUCAACAAAAUUGUCCACGUUCGAAAGGGAGAAUCGAAAAAGAAAAACUGACUAAUGCAAGUCAUCAGAGUUUAACUUGAUAUCAACUAGUUUUCGUGGAUCAACGUACUGGUUUAUUAAACGAGAUGUAUAAUUAAUUAUUGUUCUAAGUAUCGUCCAUCGUGUCUUAAAAUGGAUACGCAAGAAUGAAACUUAAUGUUUUGCUUUUAUGUAAAAAAAACUAUUUGUUGUUCCAAACCCAGUUUUGCUGUUUAUUUAUUUGUGCAUUUAUGGUUCUGAAAACUAAAUUAUUCUUUGAAUUUAAGUAGUAUAUGAGCUGAAUAUGUGUGAUUUUGAGUUUUGGCUGUAAUUAAUAGUAAAUGUUGCUCGUGUUAGUUGGUCGCAAUAAAAAAUUGG